UUUUCAGCCACCCCGCAAAAGUGCCCGACAAAGGACUGUUACGCGCGGUUUUCUGGACAGAAGGGCGACUUUUCCGUGAAUACACCUUGUUUUGGCGCAAUUUUCCACACUGAACGCAUAAACAUUGUAUGGUGUUUUGUGCCCACGGUGAAAAGUUCUUGUUUCGCAAUUUUUGUUCUUGCACAAUUGUGGUAACAUUUGUAAUUCGCCCCUCUUUUUUGAGCUCAAUUCCCUAAACAAAAAGAUUCGGAUUCUGUGCGGUGAGGAGUGAAAACAUAGAGCGUGAGGCCAAGUUACGAGUUGGGCCAAUUCGGUGGUUUAGUCAAAAAAUUCUGGUCUUUGCGAGGAAAAACGUGAACCUUUCCAGUGAAUGAUCCUGAAAGUGUCUCCAGAUUGCUUUUAAACCAUGAAUGAGUGACGAGGACGCGAGUUGAUGAUAAAGAUGUCCUCAAUCUCGGCUCAAGGAGUCGUUGAGCGCGCGUCUGCCGAGCUGUCGAAGCGCAUCAACGGCCUCGGGCUGCGGAAACACCACGGCGCCAAGGCGAGCGUGAUGGAGCGGGUCACGAACGUCCUGUGUGGCGGGAGUAGCGCCGGUCACGCGUCCGCCAACUCCCUGGGCGCGCCCGAGAAGCCCUCCCGCAUGGCCGCCAUGAAGCUGAGCGUGGGCAAAGGAGCUCCAAUGUCGACCAGCCACACGGGAACUCCCCAAGCGGCACGGAAAAGCCCUCCAGCGCCUCCCAUUCUCACCGUGGAGCAACUGCUCAUGGACGAGCGCUUCCUGGGCCGCUUCUUCCUCUACUUCAGUCCACUGGAGCGCUGCGUCCUGGCCCAGGUGUGCCAGCGCUGGCGGGACGUUCUGUACCGCGGACCGCGCUUCUGGUCGGGCUUGCUGCCGGUGCUGCAGAGCCGUGAACUGCGCCAGGCCAGCGGCCAGGAUCGCGUGAAGCUGUACAAUUCUCUCAUCCGGCGAGGCUUCCAUGCCAUCUGUCUCCUGGGCGCCACCGAUGAGGACGCCCUGGACAUCGUGCACUCCUUCCCGCUCGCCUCCAAGCACAUCCACUCCCUCAGCCUCCGGUGCUCCUCCGUCAGCGACCGAGGACUCGAGGCACUUCUGGACCACCUUCAGAGCCUCUUUGAGCUGGAGCUGGCCGGCUGCAAUGAGGUCACCGAGGCCGGCCUGUGGGCAUGCCUCACACCCAGGAUAGUGUCACUGUCGCUGGCGGACUGCAUCAACAUCGCGGACGAGGCGGUGGGCGCCGUGGCACAGCUGCUUCCAUCGCUCUACGAGUUCUCCCUGCAGGCUUAUCACGUCACGGACGCCGCUCUGGGAUACUUCUCGCCCAAGCAGAGCCACAGCCUCAGCAUCCUCAGACUGCAGUCGUGUUGGGAGCUCACAAACCACGGCAUCGUCAACAUUGUCCAUUCGCUGCCGCAUCUCACCGUCUUGUCACUCUCCGGCUGCAGCAAAGUCACGGACGACGGCGUCGAGCUGAUAGCGGAGAAUCUGCAGAAGCUGCGCGCACUCGACUUGUCCUGGUGUCCCAGAAUAACAGACGCUUCCCUGGAGUACAUUGCGUGUGACUUGAAUCAACUGGAAGAGUUGACGCUUGACCGAUGCGUCCACGUAACGGAUAUUGGAGUCGGUUACAUUUCCACAAUGCUCUCCUUGUCAGCUCUCUUCUUGCGCUGGUGUUCUCAGGUUCGGGACUUUGGACUGCAGCACCUUUGCUCCAUGCGAAAUCUUCAAGUUCUCUCGUUAGCUGGCUGCCCACUGCUGACGUCAAGCGGACUGUCGAGCCUCAUUCAGCUGAGACACUUGCAGGAAUUGGAGCUGACAAAUUGUCCAGGCGCUUCGCAGGAACUGUUCGAAUACUUACGAGAACACCUGCCGCGCUGUCUCAUUAUAGAGUAAUGCAUAUAAUUUGUAAAACUAGGUGACAAUUUAGCUAAAUUUGUAUAAUUGAGGUGAAAUCUUACUGAAUGUGAAGGAGGGAGAAAUCACAGUACAUUAGGAAAAUCGUGCGCGCUAUUCGACUAUGAACAGAGAGAGAUUGGAUGAGAGUGAGAUAAUAAAUGAUAGUUUAUAGGCAAUAUUAGUCUUUACAAGUAAAUACUUUCCAUUAGAGCAGAAAAUACUCAAGAAUACCAAUUAGAGAUUUAUCGAGGCGUCUUCUCAUUUGAGUCUGCUUAGAUAUUUAUUAGGCACUGAUUUUUAUUUUUUUCUUUUCUUCUUCUAAAACUGCAACAGAGAAAAGCGAUUAAGAACCCCAAAGAAACAUUGCGUGCAAUUGUUGGAUUGUUGUUGUUGAAAAUCCUGUCUAAACUGUAGGAAGAAGAGUCCUCUUUCUUCACCUUGUUCUCUAGUGUGUCUCUUUUGUUGUGAAAGGGAAAUAAACAAUGUAGAAAUGAAUUUAAUCAUGUAAAUUCUAGUCAAUUUUCACUAACUUUCCUCUUCACACACACACACGCACGCAGAUUAUCAGAUUUCCAUCCGCAAAGCCUCAGAAAAAUACGUGUUUUACUUGUACAAAAGGAGAUGAUAAGAAGAAGCCACUUGCUGUGUAAUUAUUAGAGAGAUAAAGUGAAUUAUUGGCAUAACAAAGAGAAAGUAAAGUGAAAUAUUGUACAUUUAUCACUUUGAGCACCUGCCCAUGACUAGCAAAAUAGACGACAGACGAGUUGAGAGAGAGAAGAAAGCAGCUAAAAGACACCUUCUGUGAGUGUUUUCUUCAAAAGAAAAUCACACAUCCACAGUGGGAGAAUUCUUGCUAGGCUUUAGAGUACAUUUUAAGGAACGUUGAAAGCAUUGCUGGAGGAGAAAAUAUAUAUGCUUAGUUUGUAAGGAAAAUCAAUUGUAAUAUUAUAAUAUCCUUUCUCGUUUCACCACAUUUUCUUAUUCCCCUUUUUUAUAUAAACUUUCCUUUUUCGAAGACUGAAACAGGAAAACGCGUGUAGAAGAUUGUAUGUGAACGUUUUGUGUCUAUUCAGUAUUAUUAGAGGAGCAGAAGAACAAGAAAUGCGAAGAUAUUCAUUGUGUAUAGCGAUAAAAGUGAACCGCUAUUCAUAAAAUUUGCAGCGAUUUUUUCUAGGCAAUGUUCAGGAUCAAUUGUCAUACUUUCACAAUUAAAUAGCAGCAAUAGCAUUAUAAAGUGAUCCCUUGAAUGUAAUCAAAAUACAUCUGAAAAGAUUUGAAAAAGAAGUGUUCAUGGGUCGAAAAUCAACAUUUUGUUCCAAUUUGAGCAUCAAAAUCAAGAGAAAGAAACUUUUACUGCGACUUUUUUGCAUUUUCUCUUCGGCAAAAGAGAAAAGCUCUUUUUACACGUUGCAAAUUCUGUGAAUGCCAUCAUUGUGGAAUCAUUCAUUAAGUGGAAUAUUUUGUAAAUAAUUGUAAAAAAAAAAAUGAAAUAUUUCGUUAGAGUCAAGAAUGAGGAAGAAAACAGUCGCAAUUUCACAUUCUGUUCGUCAAUUGAGUGUUUUUUCUGGGAUAUGAUGAAGUGAAGAAUCUUUGAGAAAAGCCACGAGAAAUCAUGUUUAAAAAUAAACUAAUCAUAGUGUUGUAGCAAUAUGAAUAAUAAUGUAAAUAAAAGAUAAAUUUAAAUAUAUUGAAA